UUGCGACCCAGCCCCUCCAGGCCUCUCUCUCCGCACAGCGGGUGACGAUGGCGAGGGGCCCGGUCCUCCGUCUGCGCGCCCUCCCCGUCUGCCUCGCCCUGGUCCAGCUGCUCAGCCCCUGCUCAGCAGCUCAGUUUGCUGUGGUUGGACCCCCUGAGCCCAUCCUGGCCUUGGUGGGUGAGGACGCCGAGCUGCCCUGUCACCUGUCCCCGAGGAUGAGCGCGCAGACCAUGGAGCUGAGGUGGGUGCGACCCAGCCUCAGGCAGGUGGUGCACACGUACACGCGUGGGCAGGAAGACACGCCGGCCGCAGAAUUUUAUGGGAGGACUUCGAUGCUGAGAGAGGACAUCACUGCAGGGAAGGCUGUUCUCUUGAUUCGCGACGUCAGAGCCUCUGACAGCGGAAUCUACUGGUGUUAUUUCCAAGAUGGAGAAUACGUUGCAAAAGCCCAGGUGGAGCUGCAGGUGGCAGGCCUCUUCUUCCAGAGCGCGCAGCCCUUGGUGGUGGCCUUCGCGGUGACCCUGGUGGCUCUGCUGUUGCUCCUGAUUGUGCUCGGGUGCUUCCUGUGGGGACAGCAGAAGAUCUGGGCCCUGACCCAGGAGAAGGAGCGGGAGCGAGCAGAGAAAGAAGCAGCUCAGGUGAAGUUGCAGCAGGAGCGAAGCGCCAAAGAGAAGCUGCAGGACGAACUCAGGUGGAGAAGGAUCCCGUACCUGCCACGUGAGGAGCAGUCUCAGGCCUACGCAGAGUUGAAGACGGCCCUCUUCCAGCCUGCGGACGUGCUUCUGGAUCCGGACACCGCGCACCCCGCGCUCCGUGUGUCUGAGGACCAGAGGAGCCUGUGGCGAGAAGACUCCUGGGAGGACCUGCCGGACGCCCCCGGGAGGUUUACCCGGAUUGAGUGUGUGCUGGGCUGUGCGAGCUUCACGUCGGGGAGACGUUUCUGGGAGGUGGACGUGGGCGACAGGAAACAGUGGCGUGUUGGGCUGUGCAGGGACAACGUGAGCAGAAAAGGGGGCGUAAAAAUGUCCCCCGAGAACGGGUUCUGGACAGUGGGGCUGUAUCAUGGGAGUGACUACCAGGCUCUCACGGACCCGCCGACUAAACUGACCAACGUGAACCCUCCCGAGAGAGUGGGCGUUUUCCUGGACUAUGACGUGGGGCAGGUGUCAUUCUACAACGCCCUCGACGGGUCACACAUCUUCAGCUUCCCGCACACCCCCUUCUCUGGGCCUCUGAGGCCUGUUUUCCGGGUUUUGACAGCUGAGGGCACCCCCUUGACCCUUUGCGCAGCACAGAGAGCCGUGGGGACAUCCCUUGUGCCUGUCCCAGGGCCUGACCCUUCCCCGGAGACCCCAGGGUCCCUGGGCUCGGCUGAAUGGAAUGGGGACCCUCAGGCGGAAGUAAUGUGUGUCCUUGCCGCUCAGUCUGGAGCUGAGGGCCCCCGUAACCGCAAAAGGUCAGAGCGUGAACAAACUUACUGAAAACAGGCUGAGUGAAGCACUUCACUGAUAUUCAUUCGUUUCUCCACACGUGAGAUAAGGACACGAGGUGCAGGAAGUUAAUGUUCCUAAGGUGACUCCAUUGCUUCCAACAACCUCCGCUGCCGUCCCGAGGUAACUCCCAGGUACCGGGGGCCGCGCUGACUGCCGCAGGGGACUGUCACUCACUGUCCCUCACGACGCCCCCAAGAGGCAGCCUCGUUUAGAA